AUGCGAACCCAGGUCCUCUGACUCCCAAGCCCCGGCUCUUUCCCGCAGGCCACCCUGCGGGCUCGUGUUUAUUGCCACGGACUCCGUGUUCUCCUUCCUGGCCUGCGUCACCCUCACCCUUGGCAUCUGUGUGGGCGCGUGUGUGUCCUUGGAGAACUAAUGAUCUUUGCCCUGAUCCUUUCUUGAUCUCCCUAUCUAGGUCCACACCUUCCCCUCGCCCCCACUGCUCAGUUUAUCAGUCACAUUUACUGAGCGUCGACUUUGUUCAGCGCGCUGGACUGAGCGCUCGAGAAGCCAAAGUAGAACAUAAUUCCCCGCGUGCACCGGUAGCGUGCCAUCUCCCGCUUCAGAGGGGUUAUUAGGCACCGAGCAUGGAGCUGUGGUUGGGGUCCGGGUCGGGGGCCCCGGCGCCGCCCCCGCCCCCGCCGCCGCUCCUGCUGCUCCUGCUGCUCCUGCUGCUGCUCCUCCCGCUGCUGUUCCAGUGCAGCGCCACCUUCAAGUACUUCUGCAAGAUGGCCUUCUACAACGGCUGGAUCCUCUCCCUGGCCGUCCUCGCCGUGCCCAUCUGCGCCCUGCGCGGCCGCAACGUGGAGAACAUGAAGAUCCUGCGUGUGAUGUUGCUGCACGUGAAGUACCUGUAUGGGAUCCGCCUGGAGGUGCGCGGCUCCGACAACUUCCCCCCGAGCCAGCCCUACGUCGUCGUCUCCAACCACCAGAGCUCCCUCGACCUGCUGGGGAUGAUGGAGGUGCUGCCCGGCCGCUGCGUGCCCAUCGCCAAGCGGGAGCUGCUGUGGGCGGGGCCGGCGGGGCUGGCCUGCUGGUUGGCCGGCGUCAUCUUCAUCGACCGCAAGCGCACGGGGGACGCCAUCAGCGUCAUGGCCGAGGCUGCCCAGACCCUGCUCAGUGAGGACGUCCGGGUGUGGGUGUUCCCCGAGGGCACCAGGAACCACAAUGGCUCCAUGCUGCCUUUCAAACGUGGCGCCUUCCACCUCGCCGUGCAGGCCCAGGUCCCCAUCGUUCCCAUCGUCAUGUCCUCCUACCGAGACUUCUACUCCAAGAAGGAGCGGCGUUUCACCACCGGGACGUGCCGGGUGCGGGUCCUGCCGCCGGUGAGCACCCAAGGCCUGGGCCCGGACGAGGUGCCCAAGCUGACGGAGGAGGUCCGCGCCUCCAUGCUCCGCGUCUUCCAGGAGAUCUCCGCCACCAGCAGCCGGGGGGGCCCCGAGGAGACCAACGCGCCCGGCCAGCCCGAGCUCUGAGCUCCCUUCCACCCCGUCCCCCACCCGCCGCCGGCCUCGGACUCUGGGACUCACCGCCUCCUCCUCCUCUCCGACCCCUUCCCACUAUCCUGGCUCCUCCAGCCCCCCAACCCCCGCUCUUUCCCAGUUCUCCUCCCCCAUCCCCCCCCAACCCACCCAACUGCACCCCUCCCCAGGACUUGCCAGUGAUGGUACAGUCUGCACUCCAGCCCUCCCCAUCUUCUUGGGGGAACACUCCACUCUCUCCCCACCCCCAACGAGGGCACGUGAACUUGCUCCACCCUAGGGUCCAACCUGAGUGAGGGGAUUGGAACCUUCCAUUCCCCUCCUCACCUUCUUGGGGGAACACUCCUCGCCGCCCAGCGAGGGCACGUGGACUCGCCCGACUUUGGGGUCGAACCUGCCGCUCUCGGGUGUGGAACCUUCCAUUCCCCUCCCCACUUUCUUGGGGGAACACUCCAGCUCCCCCGCCGAGGGCGCGUGGACUCGCCCGACCCUGGGGUCCAACCCACCGCUGUCCAUUCCGCCCCACCGCCUCUUCCCCCACCUCAUUCCUCAUCCGCCGCUCCCUCUGCGCUACCCUCCGCCCCGAGGAUUCAGAUGGGCUCAUCCGGUUCCCGAGGCUGGGGCUCGGACUCCCCUUAGCCCCCCUUUUUCCCACCCCACCCCCAACUGUGGACUGAGGUGGACCCUUUCAACUCCUUCGCCGACCAUUCCAGUAAUUCCCGCCUUCAGUCGGCGUGGAUCGGCCUGGACGCGUGGACCGGACUCCGCAGUCCGCUCUUCCCUCCCCUUCCGUGGGUCCAAGUGGUCGGGUCCGACUCCAUAGGACCUUAUUCCCUCCCCUCCUCCUCUCCCUUGGUAGACUUCAGUGGUGGGGGUUCUGGGGGCUUUCGGGCCUGCGGUCCGUUGGCCCCGACCUCCUCCCUCCCCUUCCGUGGGUCCAUACGGUGGGGUACGCUUCAGCGGUGGGGGCGUUAGGGGUUUCCCCUCCCGUGGGAGCAAGUGGGCCAGUCCGGUCACCUGCAGGGGUCUGGGUUUUGGGCUGUACCAUUUUCUCCAGGUGGGGGCUGAGAGGUGUGGAUAACCGGUGCUGCAUUAACCUCCCCCCCCACCCCUUGCUCUCUGAGGGUGGGAGUGGAUCUUUUAAUUUAUUUCCCCCAUUUUGGAAAAGGGAGUCCCGAGGCCUCUGUUUCCUCACGCACCCUCGGUGACCUCUGACCUUUUCCCCUCUUAGCCAAACCCUGUCAGUGUUACCAGUCCAGGGGCAGAGAAGGGGGCUGGGUUCCCUCUCUUAACCGUUUGAAGGGGUUGGAGGUGAGGUGCCCACAGUGGGGAGCAGGGAGAGGAAGAGUUUACAAAAUGGUGGAGGGGGAAGAGA